UACACAAUGCAAGAUUAGUGUAUUGAACAGUGGUGUUUAAAGGUCUUGACUAGGGAGUAAUGCCUUUUAUAGAGGGAUUGGGCCAUUGACAAUAGCUUGAUCUAAAUAACAUGGUAUAGGGAAUUCAUAACAGGUAGUGCUUGCAUUACAUGGAGAUGGUCGUGGUUUGAUGACUUGGACUGAAACUGAAAUUAACAGCCCGGAAAGAAAAACCAACAAGUCCAUUAACAGAUCAAUAAAGAAAUUAGGUGUCCAUCAAAACUUCUGGUGAUGCCAUUGUGACCAGAGAGCAGGACGAAUUGCAUUGUUCCAUCCGAUUGAGAGUAGACAUGGAUUGUACAGUGUUGGAAUUCCAGUGAGGAAACUGACAUGCUGUAAAUUUCAUGUAUCUAUUGUAAACAAAGUGUUGGAGUGUCGUUCUCCAAUGGACAUUUUAUGCUGCUGAUCGAGAGCUUUCAUUAUAAACGCUAAACUGAUGCAGAUUAGUGGAUGAGAUUUUUGAUGCAGAAAUUAUGUUCUGGAAAUCUGCCUGUUUGGAAUAUGUACUAAAGAUGUAAGAGAUGCCUACAGAUUCGGGAAACAUGAGUCGAGCUGCCCUGAGCAAGCACAUGAACCUGGAGCAUCUCAGUGAUGAAGAAUGUGAGAAGAUCCUGCGUGUUUUACAGAAAGAUUUCGAGCUACGCGACAAGGAGAGAGAACGACUCCAUAAAAUAGAGGAAAGUUUGAAAGAGGAGGAGGAGAAGACAGAGGUGAUCGCAGUCAAGACAAAAUUAAACGAGGAAGUCUGUGUACGGUGCUGUCAGAAGUUUGGGAUCAUCUUCAAUCGGAAGCAGCUGUGUCUUACCUGUAAACACUAUGUCUGCAAACGCUGUGCUGACUACAAUGAUAAUGAAAAAGGCUACACCUGCCAUGCCUGCAUCAAAGAAAGGGAAUUGAAGCUUAAGUCUUUUGAAUGGUUUUACAACAAUGUCAGCAGCAAAUUCAAAAGAUUUGGGAGUGCCAAGGUGGUGCGGUCUUUAUACAAGCAGAGAGGAGCAAGGGGACGAGCUUAUCACAUGAUACAUUUCUUGUGUCUGAAAUUGACGUGGAAUGAUAUUAAUUUCUUGUGUUUACCUGCUGCGAUGUCAGGUGAUGUUCUUACAGAAUAUAACCUGUGGAAGCGACUCUUUGCUGACAAUGAGAGUGACACAGGAUAUGACCCCAGUUUUCUGUCUUCCCUGAGGGCUGGGGUUAGGGGGGUGGGAGGAAUAUCGGACCCCGAGGAUGGAGGAAGGGGAGAGGAGGAGGAGAGCCUGAAUCUCAACAGUGAUGGCGAAAAAGAAAUUGAGUCCAUAGGCCCAGCUCCCAUUACAACAACAACUGUUUCUCGUGCAACUUCCGUGGAAUCGCUGAACCAUGACAACAAGAAAAACUACAAAAACAACAACAAAAUUAACAACAGUAGCAGCAGCAGCACAACGGCUGAAGUUCAAGUGGACAACAUCCCCAAGGAGAAAAGUAAAGAAGAUAUAUACAAAGAGGCUUUUGAGCACUACAAGGAAACAGAGGAGAAGAAAUUCAACUCCAAGUUCGACUCCCUUCUCCAGGAACUGUACCAGUCUCUAGAGCAGCCUGUCCUCAAUGGAGGCUCCAGUUAUGGCAGUACCUCAUAUGGGGAAGUUUUGGAGAAAUACAGGUCACGGUUACGAGAAUUAUUGGUCGGUGUCUCACAACGCUUGGAAAUGGCCGUGGAAAGUAGAGAACAGGUUCCCUCCCAAAAUAAAAACUACAAAAUAUUUAAGAUAUUUUUAAAAAAAAUUAUGUAAAAAAAAAUCUACAAAAUAAAUCUCCAAUUAUUUUCUUUACAGACCUCAGAUGAAGCUGUCUCAGACCUUUCCUCACUGUCAGACGAUUCUUGUGAUCACCAGGUGAAGUCAUUCGAGGAUCAGCUCGCUCAUGCUGUGGUAGCCAGGGUACUUGAAAAUUUUGGAAGAGAUAGAAAUAUAGACAUUCCAUUAGACUUUAUAGAUGGAAACGCUUUAACAAAUCAAGUGUCCGACGGACAAUCUCAUUCCUCGGGCAACAAAUCUCACCCAGAUCUCGCCAGUCGCGGUGCCUCAUCAGAUGAGGAAAACAGUGUGGUGACUAAAGUCGAGCACCGCUCACUGUUAGGUUACGCCGAUUCAGGCGGAUUUGAUGUGGACGAAUUGGAUGUAAAUGAAUCUGUGAGUGAUUCUGAAAAUAGAUUAAAUCCAGUGGAGGAUAGAGUUUCUAGGGAUUUAUCAAGGCCAGUACAUGAACCCCUUGAUGACAGUAGUUAUGAAGUGAUAAGUGUAAACGACCUUGACAUUGGAAAUCAUUCAAGUGAGGGUAUAGUGGACGGUGAAGGAGUGGAUCAAAGACUUUCAGGGGAGGAAGAGGAGGAUAUUACCACAGAAAGUGUUCACGCUGAUAACGUACAACAAGACUUUGAACAGCUUAGACGCAUUGCCAAAGAUAUUAAAUCGCCGCGACGCAGAGUUCAGGCUCAUGACAUUCAGGAAGAAAUUGAAUUCGAUGAGGAACCAAUUGAACCUGUGACAGUGAAUCGUGACGAAUCAAAAAGUGAGUUUGUGUCGCGGUUGUCAACAUACGACCGAUUGCACGACACAGAGAAAUAUUCACUUCCUGACUUUUCGGAGGAUUACGAAGACAAUGAAUUCUUUCAAAACGAGGUGGACCCAGAUCUGUUAUCCAUGAAUCUUGCUCCGAUCCUCGAGGAGGAUGAGGAGGACAUCCAUGAUGAGGAGAAUGAGGAGGGGGGCUCCUCACACCCCAGGUUCAAUGGAGAGAAGAGUUGGCGAGACAACUGGAUCUUCAACAGAUCUGGCCUCUCCCCCUUUUCCAGCCUGGGGGGUGGGGGUCUGGCGGGGAGGUCACUAGAUGAAGUGUACCUCACCAUCCCCCAACCAGAUGAUGACAUCACUGCCAGAGUGGGAAACAGUGUGGAUCAGGAAAAGGGAGAAUCCAGGGAUGUAGACCAAAUGUCAGAUGACCUUUCUGAAGGUCAUGAAGAAAACCUAAUGGAUGAUGAAGUUUCAUUCUUUGCCAAAUCUGUGGAUGAAAUCGCGAGGAUCACUACCCGAAUGACCUCAUCCUCUCCUCUACUCCGCCCCCUCUCCUCCACCAGCGUCCAAACAGUGGAUUCCGACACGUCCGUGGACACCUCUAUCUCUAAAUAUACCAGUACCAGCACGGCUAAGACCGAGCCUACUUACAUAGAGGAACUGAUUCCAGCCGAGGGCGACGAUCCCAAGUUUGAUAUCCCACCUGAGAGUGUAACAGUCAAGGAGGGGGAACCAGCCAAAUUCAGCUGCAGAGUCAGUGGAACUGAACCUAUAGAGGUGAUAUGGUACAGAGUGGAGGAAGGUGAUCUACAACAGUUGGAGGACUCGGAAGAUUACGAGUUUACUCAGGAUCACAACAGACACGGUGCUACGGUGUUCAACACGGCCAAACACACAGCGGGUCAGCUGAUGUGUAUGGCAAUCAACGAGAAGGCUCACUGCUCACAGUCCUUUAUCCUCAAAGUUAAAAACAAUAACCAAGAAAUGAAGAAACCAGAAUUUUUGAAAGAAAUUGAAGAUCAAGAGGUCAAGGAAGGUCAACAUGUCAAAUUCAGGGCAAAAGUCAAAGGUUAUCCACUUCCAAGAGUUGUUUGGUACAAAGAUGGAAAUUUACUGAAAAGUGGUUCAAACUUCAAAAUAGAAAAGUUUGGAAACAGGGAUUACCUUCUUAAUAUAGAGUAUGCCACCCCUGAGGAGGAUGCUGAAUAUUGGGUUGUUGCCAAGAAUGUUGCCGGGGAGACGAAAUCAACAGCUCAGCUGAUUGUUCAGUCAAAGGAACUCGACUCCUCCCCCAAGACAAAAGUGAUCAGCUCUACACCAAUCAAAAGCAAGGAUGACCAACAACUGUCUAACAUGGGGAGGAAGCUGUUCAUGACCCACGAGAAAGUUCAAGAGGAAAGCGAGAGUAUGAUGGAGUCUGCUAACAAGCUGGCUGACAUGCACUCCUCCCUGGACCAGUUUGAUGCCAUGCUCUCCUCAUUUGAGGCAGAGAUAGAAGUCUCCUCCUCUCCUCGCCCCUCCCCUCCCUUGGAGUUUGCAGAUGAGGACCCCAUGCUUAAACAUGAUCUGCGUAAGAGUGUGGAGAGUUAUAACAGCAUGAAGAAUGCAGCCUCAAAUCUACGCAACACCACCUCAUCUGCUUUACAACUGUUGAAAUCCACUGAAAAUCUCAUCCAUUCCCAACCGGAAGAGGAUGUGUUUACAACUUCUUCCAGAGAGGAGACCUCCUCUUCCAUUUCUCAACAGGAUCAGGAUAAUAACAACCUGAGGAAGUCCUUGGAGAGACAAACAGACAAUGUUACCCCAGUACCUCUAACAAAAGUCCCACCCCUAGAUCUCUCAGAACACUCAAAAGUGACAGACAAUGACUCCUUGACCUCUGUGACAGACAAUGACCUCUUGACCUCUGAACCUGUGAUAGAACCUGCCUCCAGAACACUUCAGGAAUCUGUGAAAAGGAGUGAUUUAUCCAAUGAGAAUGAAGAGUAUGUGGAAAGGAGGAAUUCAGCCAAUGAAAAUGAAGAACCAAUGGUGGUCAAUUUUGGUGCCAAGGAGGUUUCUGGUGAAAUGUAUGGAAGGGAUUUUUAUGUGCAGGGGGAUAAGAAGAAUUCUCCUCGACACUGGGAGGUUAAGCUUCCACAGUAUUCUCCUCGGGGAGGAAAGGUCAUGACCCAGGAAAGCUUGGAGGCAGCAGAGGAGGAGAUAUACAUAACAUACGGUCACAUCUGUAACCUGGAGGAACUAAUUCACAGCCUUGAGUAUAGGUUAAGUCACACACCCCUGUCACAAAAGAGAAAGCUGCAAGACUUAGAGGAUGAGGUGGCACUAGUUGUGGCACACACAAACCUCACUGAGCAACGUGUCCUGAGUGUAGAGCAGCAGUUGGAUUUGAACAGCUGUCCGUCCAUCACCACUGGACACACCACCGAGGGGAGCAUCAGCAGCCUGUCCCCGAGUCUCUCCAUCGACUCAGGCUUCUCCUCCAUCCGAGAAAAACCCCAGCAGACCCAGAUGAUCGGGGAGACCAGCGAGAGGGACAUUCCCGAGAGCCGCACCGAGUUCAACGAGGACAUGGGAGCCAUUGAACUGCCCUCGGUCAAUCGCUUGAAGUCGCUGUUCAACUCCGGGAAGGGAGAAGACUCUGCAUCAGUGAAGCGGUUUGAAAAUGUUCUAAGCUCGGGGGUACACAGCAUCACUGGUCGUAGUGUUCCUAAGGAGAAGCUAGAUAAAUACCGAAACCUUUCCUCCCCAUUGACCAAGCCAGUACAAUCCCCAGAGCAACUCACCCCAGGAAAAAGCACACUUACUGUGACCUUGACCUCCAAACACCCAGGGACCAAACAGCUGAAUGCUGAACCAACUCAAAUCUUUCCUGAAAAGAAAGGAGAAUUUUUCCCUGAUUCUCCCCCACAGAAAACUCAACAUGUCACAUCUACAAAGGCAGUGCCUAGUACAAAAACUAAAGCUGCCCCAUCAGCCCCGACUUCACAAACUAAACAGGCAGCAGCAACUCCGCCUUCAAGGACACAGACUGAAACUGGGUCAAGGUCAAAAGUUCCUACCCAGAAUGCACCUGCAGCUUCCUCAGCUGGUGCUCAAGCUAAAGGCAAAACAAGGAUAAGGUCAGGAUGUAUAAAUGCUAGAGCCUCUUUCUGGGAAAAACGGAUUCAUGGAGAAGAAACUAAAGAGGAUGAAUAUCCUGAAAUGGUGGAACAUGUCGAUGAAUGAUGGGUCUUUCUGUAUAAAAUGUCAAUUCAGGGAAAAAAAUGUAAAAAUUUUCAAAAUUCAUAAAAGUCUGUAACACUUUUUGCUGGGUAUGAUAUACAUAUAGAUUAACUUAUUAUUAUUAUGCAGACUGGUAAAAUAGCUGUAAAAAAUAUUAACUGAUAUAACUAAUGAAGCCUGUAAUAUUGAUUUUCACAGGUAAAAUAUAAGCAUAAUCACUACGUGUACUUUAUUUUAAUCUAGGAUUUAUAUAUUUUCAAGGUUGUUUUUCACUUUUUCCAUUCAAUGUUGGGUUUUAAUGGAAAUGUUCACAAUAACCAACUGCCAUAAUCUUUCGUAUUUUUCUUCCAUUAUUCUGCAAAACCUUUAUUUGAACUUUGGUUUGUUAUUUGUUAUGUUGUUAUUUAUAACCACUGAUAUUUCUUCUUAUGUCUUGAUAUUAUACAUUCCCAUGGGUAUCAUGUAAACUAGCCUGUGAUUGGUUCAUAUAUUCUUACUAUUUAUCACAUUGCUGCAUUAAUAUAUACCGUGUAUAUCUCAAUCAAACUAUUUUCUAAAAAAUGAAUACUUGUACAAUAAGUGCAAUAUAUACCAUUAAAAAUGAUAUUUUUC